AGGAGUCCAGACCACUCACUCAAACAUUCAAGCCACUGGACCAACCUCUACAAUCAAAAUUUUCGUUGUCCUUCACAUACCUUGGGCUGAAAAUCGUCACCUGGGAUAGACAAUCACACUCAGACGUAUCUACUGUGGUUGAUCACUAAAGAACGACAAUGAAGCAAAAGAUUGUGAUGAAAGUUCCAAUUAAGGAUGCCAAGAGCCGGUGCAAGGCCAUGAAAACCGCAGUCGGUAUGCCAGGGGUUAUAUCUGCUACGUUGGAUGAUAGUAAGGACCAUCUUGUAGUGGUGGGCGAGGGAAUCGACUCAGUCAAGUUGACAACCGCGCUUAGAAAGAAGAUGGGAUUCGCAGAUAUCAUUAGCGUUGAGGACAAUGAGAAGAAGAAAGAGGAAGAGAAAAAUCCGACAAUCGUGUGGCCCACUUCUUGGGCCUACCAAUACGGUGUGCCACCGCCACCGCAUCAUGUGUACCAAGACCCAUACCAGUAUAACUGUUGCAUCAUGUGAAGCACUACAAAUGAUAUAAACUGUUGAAGUUGUGUGAGAUGAGCCAUAAGGCUGCUAGUGGGACCUAAGCUGGCUAUUAGGGUUGGGAGAAUGUGAAUAUUAGAUGUAACAGUAAUAUUUCAGCAAGCGUCAGCAUGCUUUGAUGCUCAAUUAAAAAGACGAAAGAAAAAAAAAGGUUGUAGAAAUAG